AUGAUGAAAGACGAAAGAUGUAUUUUUAUCAUAUUUCCGGACGUUACCAACAAUUUUAAAGAUGAAGAGGUUCUGGAAAAACUAGAAGAAAAAAACUUUAUCAUUUUAAAAAGGAAGAAAGUGCACUUGACAGAAAAUGAAAUAAAAGAAAUAAUAAACGACAAGCCUGAGCAGUACAGCAGUAUAAGCGAGUUUUACGCGUACGUGGAAAGCGGGCUGUCAGUCAUUUCCUUGGUAGAACACAUCGAAGGCAACACGGCGGAAAAGUUGAAUUCGCUAGUUAAGAGCACAUCUAUCUUGAUAAAGGAUGAAAAAUACUUCGAAUGCCUAGAAUACCAGUGCAACUUAAAGUGCAGGAAUGUCCCAUUCUACUUCAGCAAAAAUGACUGGUACUUUAGUAGAGACCUGAAUUACUUCUUCCCCCCCCGGGACCACAAUUUUUUGGAAAGAACUUUGAUAAUAUUAAAGCCGGACGUGAUAGAUCAGAACAAGAUAGGUGACAUAGUUAAUGACAUUUUGAAUUUUGGUUUGUUGAUCGUCGCAGUGAAGAGGGGCAUUUUAUCUGCGGAGCGGGCGCGCAGUCUGUACGAGGGGUCGGCAGGGAAGCCUUACUAUGAUGCCUUGAUAGAAUUUAUGACAUCUGCGAAGGGAAUAGUGUGCCUAAUUGUUGAGGGGAAGAACUGUAUAAGGCUGGCGAAGAUUUUGUGUGGCCCCUGCUCUUCUAUGGUUCCCUUUGAAGACAUGCCGAGUGCGUGUUUGAAGAAGAAGUAUGGAACUUGUGCGAUGCGGAAUGCUGUGCACACCCCCAGUGAGGACAACAUAGACAGAGAGAUAAACCUCUUUUUUGGUGAAGAAAAUUUUUGCACCGAAAAUGGCAUUUUGCUAAUAAGAAGAGGUGCACUAAGUGGAGAGGACUUAAACCAUCUGCGAGAUUAUUUGCAUGAUUAUGGAUUCAACGUGUUGGAGGAGAAAAUUGUAUCGAUUGACGAAGAUAGUUUGAGAAACAUAAUUGAAGAACCCGGAAUGGUAGUGCCCAGUGUAGGAUCACAGACGCAAUACAUAAUCAUCACCCUUUCGAGAGUGAACUGCAUCACAUGUCUUCAUUACCUAAUGGGAGGGAAGAGCGUCAAGGACUCCAAAUUGAAAAGGCCAAACAGUAUGAGAAGCAUGUUCAGCCUUGAAAACAAUGACUUAAUAUUUGUGAAGGAUAAAAAAAAAAUGAAUAACCUCAUUAGACAGUACUUUCUCUUCGAAAAAUAUAACGACUCAAUUACAGUCGACAUGGUAAAGAAUUUUUUGUAUUGCAAAAAUGUUACUUAUUAUGACAAGGAAGAGGAAAAUAUUAAAUUGAGGGAGGUCCUUCUGGAAUGCUUUACCAAAAUGUGUGAAUCAAAACCGAGUGAAGAGGCAGCCAUAAUGUGGCUCAGCGAGUGGUUUAGGAAGAAAAAGGAAGAUAUUUUGGUCGACGUAAAGAAGAAGGAAGAAGAGGGCGGGACAAAAAUGGGACAUGUGCACCCGCUUGGGGGGAAGGACAAAGCUGGAGUAGCUGACGCAACGGAGGGGGAGAAAGUGAAACAAAGCAGUAAUAGUAGUGGUAAUCCCGUAGGUAGCGGACGUGGCAAUGCAGGUGGAGUAACCAAACGGGAGGAUCCUAACCAAAUCAGCAUCUUUCACAAAACACCCAAGGGAAACAAAAAAAUUAUCAUCGUACCGGACAUUCACGACGGGGGGAAGAAGAAUACCCCGAUUAGCGAAGAUAAUGAUGAGACUAGGUUAAACCUUAUAAAGCAUUUGGAGAGACUAGGUUACAUUAAUUUAAGUUUUAGUGACCUGUGCAUGAAGGAGGAGAAGAAGAAAUCCUUGCUGGGGAAAAAAAUAGAGUACACGAAAAAGAAGUACAGCAUGUUGACGGUAGAUUUGGUAAAGCGAAUUUUGAAGGAGAAUCUGGACAGGAAUAGGUCCUACAGUAGCUACGUGUUGACUGGUUUUUAUGGUGUCAUUGAUUUGGUUUACUUGACACGAGAGGAUAUAAUCCCCACAGCGUUUUGCUUGCUGGUUGUGAAGGAGGGUGGAAAUGUGCAAAGCGGAGAGAUGGGUAACGAAAAUGUGCAAAGUGGCGAGAUGGGUAGUAGUGCACAACUAGACUCGUUCCUCUCGCUCCUGCAUGGAGGCGGGAAGCACCUCAUAGAGCACUUCCUAAAUAAGGGGAAAAUACUGAUCUACCGACAGGGGAAAAAUUUCUUCGACAAUUUUAUUCAAAAUUUGGAAAUAGAGAUAGUGGUCCUUUUGGGAGUGAACUUGAAUCACCUGAAGAGUGAAAUAAAAUUUUUGGUGGAGUGUUACAACUACCUUUUCCUUGACCAUGUUAAGUUGUUUAACGAGGAUAGGAGGAAGAAACAAGGGCAGGUAUUAUGUGAGGACGGACUGGAUUACCCUUCUUGUGCUCCCUCCGAUAGGCUACUCUCCUUCCUCAUUGAAAGAUUGAACAUUCUAAAGGAUAAGGAUUACCGAAGAUUUAUCCUGUGCAAUUUUCCCCUUAGUAUGCAGCAGGUGGAAGUGAUAAAAGGAAAGACAAAUGCAAAGGUGGUGGUGUUUCAUUUUAAUUGCAGAGUGGGUGAUAAUGCGGUUCAUUUGGAGUGCAAGGAGACGCAACAGGGGUUGCUUCAACUGGGGAAGAACAGAAAUGGAGGAAGAGACAACAAGGCUGCUCACUACAAGGUGGACAAUUCUUUCGUCCUAGGGGAUGCUUCCCAAAUGAGUAAAGGGGUGACAGUACAUCAAUUUGAUAUGAACAAUAAGGCAGAGAAGCUGUCCUCAGGUGUGCACCAUCUGUUUGAUCUGAUAAGUGUAGCAAAAAGGAGUGUCAUUCUCAUUUCUAACCUAACUUUAAAGAGUGUUGAUUUUAUUGGCCUAUACCUGCAGUAUGAAUAUCCUCGCGUUGUCUUUUGUGACUUGAACUUUAUGAGUGAAGGGGAAGGGAUUAGGGAUUAUCCCAACUCCAUGCAGCGUCUCAUUGACGACAUGUUUGAGGAAAAUAACAUGACUGGCAAAAAUCAGGAGAGAGUAAAUCAAAUAAUAAGAAAAAUGAACAACUUUGUUUCUCGGUUAAACGCCAGCUAUUUUGUAUUUGGGGGCUUUCCUAGCGAUUUAGGAGUAGAGGACUUUCGAAAGUUGGAGCUAUUUUUCGACAUCAAGCUGUGCAUAUUGGUUGUACCGGCAGGGGGUGCUUCUGAGGAGGGAAGCGGGUGUGACAAGGGUGAGCAGAAGCCCAGCCACGGUGACCUACUUCCCCCGCUUGACUUGUUCGACGCCGCAUCUGCACAAGUAUCCCCCCUGGCGGGUACGGUUCUCUGGUUCGCCAGUAGGGGGAGUCUCCUAACAGUGGAGGUAGGUUCGUCACCGGUGAGGGGAGUGGUACAGGUGGAGAGCAACAAUGGUGGUGGUGAAGGGGAUGAGAAGGAUACCAAUAGUGGACAUUGCUCAGGGGAGAAGCUUCCCCCCACUGAUAACCCCGCGGAGGGCGCCCAAGAAGAUAACCAACUAGAGGAUGAAGAAAAAAAAAAAAUUUUGAAAAAAAUCGAGGACAGAAUUAGACCCAACCUGAUUUGCUACCACGCCCCAGACAACUAUGAUGUGAGGGAGUUUGUAAAAAGGAAAGUCGUAGAAGACUCCAAUGGGGGUUCAUUUCACUGUUUGUUUUGUGAAGACGUGUUAAGGGAGUUACCUUCCAUCCUUGAAGAAAAAUCGGAAGGGUAUGUAAAAAAGCUAGCUGAUAGUGUAAAAGGAGAAAAGGAAAAAACGAUCAGAGAAAUUUAUGUGACGUACUUGGAGGGGGUUGUGAAACAUUCAAGCAAAUAUCUAUUUGCAAAUGUUGUGUUGUGUGAUGUGCCCUUGUGGACGGUUGGUGAGAAUGGCAGUUGUGUCGAUGCAUUUGGUCGCUUCACAAAUUUUAAGAAAGUCAUUCAGCUUGUUCACAGUGUGCAGGGGGAUAACUUGUUCCGGGGUGACUGCAGCGGGGUCCAUGGAGGGAACACUUGUGCGGCGCUAAAUGACGACCGGGUGUAUGGAGUCGAUGCGCCUGGGGGUAGCAAUCCUUUGGGGUCUUACCCCGAGGGGGCGGAGAUGGAGGGUGAUAAUGACGACGCGGGAAGCAAUAAUGACGAGGUGGGCAAAGUUGAUAAGGAAGCGGGCAAGGUUGAUAACGAGGUGGGUGAGGUUGAUGACAAGGUAGGCAAGACCGAUGAGGAAGAGAUGAACAGCAAGGGCAAACCGAAGGGCAGGUCAAAGCGCGAGGACAAGCUGCUCAAGUAUAACCAAGCGGCGAGAGACCUGCGGCACGUUAUAUCCAAGGAACACCCUGACGUUGAAGUGACGACCAUCUAUGUGAACAAGGACAUGCCUCGAAAUGCAGACAGUUUAUUCUGCCCACAAAUCAUUAUCCUGUUCAUUCCUCAAAACGAAAAGCUUCAGAUGCUUCUAUCAUCUCUUCUAUGUUUUCAUUUAAAAAAUUUUUCCUCCAUCAAUAUGGCGCAGCUGGUGCGUGAAGAAAUGGUGAAGGAGGGUAUAAGACAAGGGGUUGCUCGUUUUAAGGCGGAGAAGCUAGAAAAUGGCGGAGUGAGAGGUGGGCGUCACAGCAAUGGGAACAGCGACAGUUGCAGUGACGAGAAGUGUAUCGUCGACAGAGCUUUCGCGUCCCUUCUUGGUCAAAUAAAACGGGCAGACAAAAACGUAUUAGUGACUGGUUUCCCCAUUGUUCAGAACACGUACAGCACGAGUGAUUAUUUCGAGCAGUUUCGUUUUCUCAAGGCUUUCACAAUUGGUGGGAUGAUCUGUCUCUCGUUUGAUGAAAUAUAUUUGCACACUUUGGUGGACGAUGCCAUGCCCGAUGGGGCGUACGCUGCCAAGUACGACGAAGUGACGCACAUGAUAAAGCUGGAGUUCGGGUUGAAAGGCACGCAGAAGCAUAAAUUGUAUUUUUCCAAAAUAGCUAGCAAGGAAGAUUUACAGCGUGCAGUUGGAGAGAUUACGGAAGUUUUUUCUUGUUGA